AUGAGAUUUCGCAGUUAUUUUUCUAUUAUUCUAUUUGUUUUAAUUUUUAAAAAUGAUAUCAAUGGUGAAUCUAUAUCAUUUAUGAAUUUAAUUCCAAAUAUAAUUGCUAAUCAUCGUUUUGUACAAGAAAAUAUUAUUGAUUCUACUAUUGAAUUUAAUCAAACAUUACCAUGGAUAAAUAUUGAUCUUACAAUUGAUGCUAAUGGAUCGAAUUGUAGUCAAGAUAUUCAAUUAUUAGCUAGAGAUUUAGCUACUAGAAAAAUAUGGGCAUUAAAGACAUUAGAUGCUUGGGGUAAAUUUCCGAGUGGAGUUAUGCAAGGAAAUAUUUAUUGGGUUGGUUCAGUUUUCGAAUGUAAACAUCAUUUACGUGGUUUAAAUAAUAGUGUUGUUCAACAACCAUUUCAAACUCGUACAUGUACGAUUGGUACUGGUUUUUCAAAUAUUAUUCGGCCAGUUUAUGGUAUUUGUGUACCACAAAGUUGUAAUGCAAAUGAUCUUGUUAAUUAUAUUAAUACACGUACUAUUCGAAUACCAUUUAUCAAACGAUUUAUUCAUUUAACAGACGAUAAUAUUCAUUGUAUUGAUCAUCGUUCCUAUGAUGGAAAAGCAAUUUUAACAAUUGUAAUUUUAACUAUUCUUAUUAUUCUUAUUCUUCUUGCUACUGGAAUGCAUAUUGCUUGUAAAGAUAAAUACAGUUUACAAGUUGAAGACAGUAUUCGAUCAGGAUAUGAACCCAUAUUAGAUCAAACAAUAGUCGAAGCAGAAACCGAAACAGUAAUAACAACAACAACAGCUGCAACAACAGAUCCAUUAGAUGAAGGUACACCAUUGAUUGCACGACCUCGACAAACUGUUGAUUCAAUUGCACAAAAUUUAAUUAAUUGUUGUUCAUUAACUAAUAAUUAUCAUCUAUUAAAAAAUAAAAGUCAACCAAAUACGCUCGCUUGUUUAAAUGGUAUUCGAGUUCUUUCACUUUGCUGGGUUAUUCUUGGUCAUACAUUUGUAUUUGCUGCAUUUUAUUCCGAUAAUGUGGUAACUAUCAUUAAUUGGUCACGUCAUUUAUAUGCUCAAAUAAUUAUACAAGCAGUAUUUAGUAUUGAUUCAUUUUUUCUUCUAAGUGGUUUGUUAACUGCAUUUAUAUAUUUUAUAUCUAAAAUUGAAAAUGAGAGAUUUUCAAUUUUAAGAUUUUUUGUCAAUCAUUAUAUUUAUCGUUAUCUAAGAUAUACGAUAUUUUAUGCGAUAAUGCUAUUAAUUUAUAUUACACUUUCACCUUAUUUUGGUCAAAGUGGUCCGAUUUAUCCAAUCAAUGGCAGUGAAACAUCAGCAUGUAAACAUACAUGGUGGCGUAAUUUACUUUAUAUUAAUAACAUGUUUGAUUCACGUGAUAGUUGUAUGCCGGUAACAUGGUUUUUAGCAACAAAUAUGCAAUUACAUUGGAUUGCACCAUUGUUUUUACUUGCUACAUCAUGGAAAUGGAUUUGUGGAAUACUUGUAGCUAUAACUUUUAUUAUAGUUGAUAUUAUAUCAACGUCCGUUAUUAUGUCAACAAGAGGUUAUGAUCAUGGAAUGUUUAGUGAUUUAUAUUCAAAUCGAACGAAUACAAGUCAUAAUUAUAUGAAUGAUGUGUAUAUUAAACCAUGGUGUCGUAUAACUCCAUAUGCAAUUGGUUUAAUACUUGGUCAUAUUCUUUAUGAAAUGCAUCAACGUGAUAAUACACUUUCAUGGGAAUCACUUUUACCGCAAAGACGAUUAACUGGAUAUAAACAUAUAAAACAAAUCAUUGCUUGGAUAUUGGCUUUAGUUAUAAUGGCACUCUGUAUUUUCGGUACACAUGGAGAUUUUAAUGGAAAUCCAUUAACUUCAUCAGAACGAGUUGCAUUUCAUGCUCUAUCAAGACUCGGAUGGGGUAUUGGAUUAAGUAUAAUUAUUAUCAUUUGUUUUAUUAACCAACGAGGUAAAGUGAAUAAAUUUUUGAGUCAUUCAUUUUUUCAUUUAUUGGCAAAAUUAACAUUUGGUGCAUAUCUUUGGCAUUCGCUAGUUCUCACUGUGAAUUAUUUUGGUAGUGAUCAACCUAUUCAUUUUACAUUACCCACUAUGAUAUUCAAUUUUAUUAUUCAUACGAUGAUUUCCUAUAUUUUAUCAUUCUUUACUUUUCUUCUUUUUGAAUUACCAAUAAUACAAUUAUUAAAAAGUGCUUUUCAUCAUCAAACGAACAAUUCUAUUUAA